AUGGAAGAUCCUCUAGAAAGCUCAGCUGAUUCUUCUUCACACCAUUUUGUGAACCACUCUGUCCAUUCGAACACCUCCCCUACAACGCAUUCGACCAAAUACCUGAACCUCAACGACCCCAAUAACCCAUUUCGUUUGGACAAUGGAGACAACCCUGCAGUGAUUUUAGUCACCAAUUUAAUUACCUCCGAUAACUAUGCUACUUGGUCGCGUGCUAUGCGGUGUUCCCUUCAUGCCAAGAAUAAAUUGGGUUUUAUCCCCGGCACCAUCUCUCGACCCACCAAACCAAAGGAUCCUCUUCUUGAGCUUUGGGAACGUUGCAACGACAUGGUAGUUUCGUGGCUUCAAAAUUCCAACAGCCGAUCCAUCAAGUCCAGCGUGGUGUUUGUUGAUGAUGCUCGCGACGUUUGGCUGGAUCUUCAGGAUCGAUUUUCUCAUCAAAAUGGGCCUCGCAUUUACUAA